GCGGCCUCGCCUCGUCUGUGUCUCGGCGCCGGGCUCGGGUGGGUGACGCGCAGUGCCGGGGCAAUGUCGGAUUUUGACAGCAACCCGUUUGCGGAUCCGGAUCUCAACAACCCGUUCAAGGACCCAUCUGUCACACAGGUGACAAGAAAUGUACCACCAGGCCUUGAUGAAUAUAAUCCUUUCUCCGACUCUAGAACGCCUCCACCAGGCGGAGUGAAAAUGCCUAAUGUACCCAACACCCAGCCAGCAAUAAUGAAGCCAACAGAGGAGCAUCCAGCUUACACACAGAUCACAAAGGAACAUGCCUUGGCUCAAGCUGAACUUCUCAAGCGCCAAGAAGAGCUGGAGAGAAAAGCCGCAGAAUUAGACCGUCGAGAGCGAGAGAUGCAGAACCUGAGUCAGCAUGGGAGAAAAAAUAAUUGGCCACCUCUUCCUAGCAAUUUCCCUGUGGGACCUUGUUUCUAUCAAGAUUUUUCUGUAGACAUUCCUGUAGAAUUCCAAAAGACAGUAAAACUUAUGUACUACUUAUGGAUGUUCCAUGCCGUAACCCUGUUUCUGAACAUCUUCGGAUGCUUGGCUUGGUUUUGUGUUGAUUCUUCAAGAGCAGUUGAUUUUGGACUGAGCAUCCUCUGGUUCUUGCUGUUUACUCCUUGUUCAUUUGUCUGUUGGUACAGACCGCUAUACGGAGCUUUCAGGAGUGACAGUUCCUUCAGGUUCUUUGUGUUCUUCUUCGUCUAUAUUUGUCAGUUUGCUGUGCACGUGCUCCAGGCUGCAGGAUUUCAUAACUGGGGAAAUUGUGGUUGGAUCUCGUCCCUCACUGGUCUCAACAAGAACAUUCCUGUCGGGAUCAUGAUGAUAAUCAUCGCAGCGCUCUUCACAGCAUCCGCCGUCAUCUCGCUCGUCAUGUUUAAAAAAGUACAUGGACUGUAUCGCACAACAGGUGCUAGCUUUGAGAAGGCCCAGCAAGAGUUUGCAACGGGAGUGAUGUCCAAUAAAACUGUUCAGACAGCAGCUGCAAAUGCGGCCUCAACUGCAGCAACCAGCGCGGCGCAGAAUGCCUUCAAGGGUAACCAGAUGUAGCGAGCCUCACAGCAGUUCUCUAUUUCCUUAUGACUGUAUCUUUUUCUCCAGUUACUGUAUUCUACAGAUAUUUUUAUGUUGGAAACACACAGUACACAACGCAUGGGUAUUUCCUAUCCACAUGUGCAUGGUCUAAAAACCAGAGAAACUUCCUUGUCUUAUUACUUUGCCUAAUAGUUUCUUAAUAUUUCCAUGCCCCUCACAGAAGAAAACUAUCAUCUGCUAAAUAAAUAUUCUCCAUAUUUUUGGGGGAUGGUAUUCCUCAGAUUAUUUCAGUGGUGACACACUGAAAUGAAUAUGUGACUUACGAUUUAAAAGGCACUCGAUACCAACCACAGAAGUUCUUCCAGGAGUCAGUAGAGAUACAGACUAUACAUUGGAAAUGAAACCAUCUUUGUUUCUUUUUGCGUCCCCCCCCCCCCAUUAGUAUGGAUGGAACAAGGUCAGCAAAAGUUUGGGUGUUUUUAACUUGGCUUGCUUUAUAUGAGGUUCAGUCAUCAGAGAAGAGCCUGUGUGCUCUGUAGUAAUAAUGUAUAUUUUACCUUCUUUUAUUUUAUUUUUAGACUAGUUGAUAUUUUGAUAACAAUCUCUGACCUUGCAUGGGCACCGUGUCUCUUAAGUGAAAUGAAUUAGUAUUUUGGGUUCUGUACUGCUUAUAGUUGUAGGAUCUGGGGAUCUUUAUAGAAUCAGAAAUGAUUUUCUGUAAUAGUUUCUUUUAAGUAAAAAUUUACUGGAGUAUAAAGACUUUAAUAUAAUGUGCAGUGCAUUAUCCAAAAAGAGAGGAUAGUGAAUUGAUGCAGUAGAAUAUAGUGAUAAUUUCUUCUCCCCUCUUAAUUUUCAGUAUUCAUAUAGUAAAGUUUUACUGUAUGGAAACUUUGGUAUAUUCUUCUGGUGGAUCUUUUUCAUUGAACUGGGAUUUGUGUUUGGCAGUUCUCUGUGUGUGUAUGUAUGUGUGUGUGUGUGUGUGUGUGUGUGUGUGUGUGAGAGAGAGAGAGAGAGAGAGAGAGCGAGAGAGAGAGAGAAAUUGAUUUUGACACAGGUAUGAAAGGCUAGCCUAGCCCUUGAAUAAAAAGAACACACAGUAUUUAAGGGAUUUCUCUUUUAGUUGAAUUAAAAAUAAAAGGCCCUCAUGCUUCUAAUACUUGAUUUCUUAAUGUACCUGUCUUUUACUUUUAAGACAAACAUUGCACCAAGCAAGAGAGUGAAAGUUCAGGUAAUGUGUUCAUUAUUAAUAUUAUCAAAUUGACAUUGUUGUGAUGCAGCGCAAACCUAUGUGGGUUCAGACUUUUAAUCAUUUUUAAUAAUGAUUAGAUGUCUCAAGAACAUUUGUAAGUCAGACUGUUGUAGUUUGGAAGACUCACUAGUUUUAGAUUGCAGAAUGAUAGUCUGUGACUUGUCCAAGUUGACUUUAACUAAAGACGGACUGUCGAAGACAGGGCAUCCUUUAAAAAUGGGCUUGCCUAGUUGAGUCGCUUUAUCCUUUCCCCAAGGCUGCAGUCAGGAGGGACUUCCAUGCAGAGCCGGGGUGCAGUUCUUAGAGGUCUCUGGGUACCGGAUUAUACAUCCACCCAUGCAGGGCCACGUUAGGUUUGCUUGGGAAUUUUCUGAGUACAAUAGUUCAAAGCCGUUUCUUUGAUUCAGAAAAAUGUAGAAUUUAGAAUAUGACUUUGGAGUUGUGUUUUGGAUCGUUCUGAUCAGUAAGCUCUCCUUCAUUCUUGCCUGCUCAGGUGGCUGCUGAGCGUCUGUGCUUCGUUCAGUGUGCAUUGGAUGACACUGAGGUCGCUAAGACUAUAAAAGUGCACACAGACACCAGCACUUAUAUUUCCAUUCCAUGUUUAUUCUUCUCUGAGGUACAAAUAAGAGACACAUCAGAGAUUUUAAAAAUACAAAUAGAGGUUUUUUUUUUUCAAAAUUGGGAAUGUUCCCUCUCCAUUAUGUAGAGGUCCCCAAAGGCAGUGUUAUUAAAUGGCAAAGAAUAGUUAUAACUCACAUUAUGUUUUUGUGAAUGAACAAGGAAAAUGCUGUUUUCAAUCCAGUUGUUUGGAUUCCCACAAGUUUGAACGAGAUUAUGUUGUUUGAAAACACAAAGGAGCGUUACAGCGAUGGUGGCGUCUGCGGCUGGGUCGGGGGGAGCAGCUUGACACCCUCCUCUGCUGUCCUCUCGGCAACAGUCGGUCAACAAUGCACGUUGAUUGGGUGAAAGACGGUUCAUGUUUUCUAUUUCAUACCAAUGUUACCACAGCCAUGAGAUGAGCUUCCCGAGAACAGGCAUCCGUGUCACUUUUUAGUUUGCAAUAUUAAAUGGUGACUAUUUUAUUUAAAACUAGGAUCUGAUCACUGGAAAAUCAUUGCUUGGUGAUUUGUGAUUUGGGGCUUGGUUCAUUUCUCUAGGGACGUCUGUGUAUUUUGUAGGUGCGUGUACUACUGCGCUGCCCUGUGGUAUGUCACGGUUCUGUGUAAACGCCCUCCACGUGGCCCUCUCAUGUUGCAUGUUUUCAGUGGUUUGGAAGUUUUGUAUAUUUAUUGUAUUAAUGCAGAGUGUCAUAAAAUAAAAUAAUGUUUACUGGA